AUGGGGCCAAUCUUUGAACACAGGUCUCCUUCCACGGAGUCUCCGGAUGUCUUACGUGACAAAGCAGAGAUGCCCACCAGCAACGAACAUUCUCCUUCCGAACCCGAAAAAGCGACACGCAACAUUUCCCCAACAAAUGAAAGAAUUCCAUUCGAGGAUGAGAUUACCUAUCCCGAAGGUGGUCGUGAUGCCUGGCUAGUAGUGUUUGGUGCGUGGUGUGGUUUGACCUCAUCGCUAGGCAUUUACAACACAACCGGGGUCUUCGAGGUCGUUGUCUCAAGAGUACUUUUACCAGAUGUCUCUCCGUCCAGUCUUGGCUGGAUCUUUUCGGUCUAUGCAUUUGUGAACUGGGUCUGUGGAGUGCAAGUUGGACCGACAUUCGAUGCAAUGGGACCUCGCUUACUGAUCCUUGCCGGGUCAAUUUGCACUCUGAUUGGCAUUUUCACACUCAGUGUAUCUACAGAAUAUUAUCAAAUAUUUCUCUCGUUCUCAAUAAUGACCGGGAUUGGUUCAUCCCUGCUCCUGACUCCAUCAAUGGGCUGCGUCGCCCAUUGGUUCAUGGAACGCCGCGGUCUCGCCAGCGGGAUAGCAUUUAUUGGAGGUGGUUUCGGCGGCGUCCUAUUCCCGCUGAUGAUACAAGCACUUCUCCCUAAAGUUGGCUGGGGAUGGUCAAUACGUAUCCUGGGAUUUGUGCUACUUGCGCUCUGUGCUAUCAGCAUAGCAUUUUGCCGAAGCAGAAUCCCACCCCGGAAAGGCGCAGAGACCACCUGGCGAGAUACAUUGCCCGACCCGAAAAUCUUCCUCGACGGAACUGGAGCAAUGGCAGUCACAACCAUUGGUGUCCUUCUAACGGAUCUGGCGUAUUUCAUUCCCAUCACCUAUACACCAAUCUACUACAUCGAUCGACAGCACCUUGCUCAAGGUGAGGCCCUGACGGGGUCUUCGGCGUUCGCGUACCAGCUUCUCGCAAUCCUCAAUGCUGCUUCUUGCGUAGGUCGAUAUGUGGCGGGUGAUAUGGCUGAUCGUUUCGGCCGAUACAAUACAAUGAUUGUCUCCUUGUUCUUUUGCACGGUAUCAGUUCUAUGUUUCUGGUUGCCAGACAUCGUCGUGCCGGAUCUGGAUAACUACGCGCUCCUAAUUGUCUUUAUUCUGCUAUUUGGGUUCUGCAGCGGCUCCAAUGUUAGCUUGACUCCAAUAUGCCUUGGCCAGCUUUGUGAAACUCAGGAAUAUGGGCGCUAUUAUGCGACCUGCUUCACUGCAGUAUCAUUUGGAGUACUGGUAAGUAUUCCGAUCGCUGGAGGCCUUCUCAGUGCAGUGGAAGCGGAAGGGAAAGAGAAGUAUUGGGGUGUUGCUCUUUUUGCCGGACUGAGCUAUGUGGCUGCAUUCUUAUCUUUCCUAUGGGUCAGGAUUAAAGUCAAGGGAUUCGAUUGGAGGAUUAAAUGGUAG